AUGCUUGAUCCCUCUGGCGGCAGCAUUCCCAAGAAACCAGGUCUCAGGCUGGUCCUCCUGGGGCUUCCUGGUGGAGGACGGACUUCCUUAGCAGAUACUUUAAUGAACAACAGUGAGAGAAGCACCAAAAGGGUUCCUCUAAAGGAGAGUACUGUGCAAAGGGCUUUUAUAGAUGGUAGAGAACUUAUAGUAAUUCAGACCCCAGAUCUUUUGGGGACGUCACUAGGGAACAAAGAGAGAGCACUGGAAGUUCUGAGGAGUGUCCAGCUCGCCAGUCCCGGACCACAUGCCUUUCUACUAGUGAUGCGUGCUCCAAGUUUCACCAAGGGGGCUGAGCAGGAUGCUGCCCAAGCAGUCCAAGCCACAAUGGAACUGUUCGGUGUGGAAGUCAAGAGGUACAUUAUCCCAGUGCUCACUCGUGCAGACCGUCUGGGUCGAAGGAACACUUUAGAUCAGCUGCUUGAUGCAGAUGCUGGAAAUCUGAAAAGGGCUGUGGCACUGUGUGGCCAGAGGCCUGAGCUGGUGGAUAAUAGUCCCGACCGCCCUGCAGAGGAAAGAAGUGUUACACGCAGGCAGCUGGUGGAGCGUGUGAUGGAGGUAAUGGAGCUGAAGGGGCAUUUUGUCCACGAGCUACAGAGAAGAGAAGACCACAUGAGGGAGGUGCUGCUGGCUGAUAUGACCUCUGCACUGGCUAAAAGACUGGGAUAUAUGUAG